AUGCAUCGAGCUGGUGUUGAAGAUGCCAACUCUGGAAUAUCAAUGGCCAUGCUUCUGGCCGAGGUUGAGCGUUCCGUGCAGGCGAUCUGCACGCGGCUCAUGGAACCACAUGUGGAGGCAGCAGCGGGAACGCUCGUGCAGAUCGACGGCUUGUGGGAUCUUGCCAAAGCCAACUCUAGGAAGCUCAUUGACAUGGAUCAUGUCUUCCGCAAUAUGCAGGAGGGGCUUCUGAAAAUGGAUGGCUUGCGCACGGAUCUCGAUCGCUUCGAUUCCACCCUGAACAAGCAGGCUACCGAGAUGGAGAGCAUGAUCGAGCGAUACGAGGUCGAGCUGCAGCAGCUGAAAAUGAUCACGAAGCAGAAGGAAGAGGGUCAUCUGCAGCAGCGGCGGGCCCUCGACGCAGUGCGGCAUGAGCUCCAGCACCUCCAGAAGCUGCAGUCCAGCUGCGAGCAGUCCUUCUUCUCAAGUCUGGAGCAGAAGUUCGGAGAGUUGGCACCCCUGAAAGCAGAAGUGGAGGCAAAGAUGACGUCCAUGGAGCUGAAGCAUCACACGCUCACCGAUCAGGCACAGCGAUGGCACCCUGUGCCGAAGCAUUUUUCCUCCGCUGUCCUAGGCGAGUGUGCCAUCGCGAAAGUCUCAGGGGAGCUCUGCAACUCCCAAGAUCGCUUCGAGCAGCUGAAGGAAGCGGAGCCCUCGGAGUGGGUCGACCUUCUCGCUGUGGUCCUCGGCCUCGAAAGCGAGCGCGACACUCGCAAGAAGCUGGAGAACAUGCAGCAGGAGCUCGCAGAUUGGUUGGGACAAUCUCGCUUCGAGGCCGCCUCGGUGAGGAAGGCGCGCGCCGCGGGCGCCGGAUUUGUGUGGGAGGGCCGCUGCGGCAAUGGCGCUCUGGCGUGCCCGGUAUUUGGUCUCAUCUUCGGCUCGGCCGCUCUCCUCCAGGCGUUCUCUGCUGCCGUGACGGCCAACAAAGAAAGCGUCCAAAUAGGGCUGGAUGUGGCGACAACCUUAGAUCUUCACAUGUCUAUCUUGUUGGCUGCAAAGCAAAUUGCUAGCUUCAUGGACGAAGUGCGUGCUGAAAACCAGAAGAUCCUCGAGCAGACAGCUGACAUCCAGCGGGAAACGGCCGUUACCUGCAGUGGCUUCAGGGCGGAGCUAGACGAGCACAAGCGGCAGCGGCAGCUGGCGGAUGCGCGGACGGAGGCCAUCCUGAGCGAGUUGCGGGAGGCCUUGGAUGAGUAUGACCGCCGGAGGAAGCGCGAGAGAACCACCCUCGAGCUGGAGAUGAAGGAGGUUGGACAGCAGCUGGCCAUCCUCCACGGAUCUGUCGAGAACGCGGUGCGAGCUUGCAAGAGCCUGGACCCUCUGUGUGGUGCGCUGGUGGAGGUGUUGGCCAUGCAGGUCUCCUUGGAGCGACAGGAGUUCGCAGACUGGCACCGAGUAUCCUUGGUUGGGUACAAACCAGUCUCUACCACGCAGAAGCCAACUGAGGUCGACGACACCUCGAAGUCUCCGUCGAAGUCGCCGCCCAAAGCUCCCAAACAGUCGCCUCGCAAGAAGGGGGGAGGGGAUCCCUCCCAGGUGAUCAGCCUGGACAAGCGCUGCUACUCGUGCUGCAGCCAAAGCCAGAUGGUCAUGGCCGGCUUCAAGAUGGCAUGUUUGCAGUACAAGCCCUCGCCCGUUGCCUGCAGUGGAGGCCUCCUGGAGCGAGUGGAGCUCUUCGAUCGCAUGGAGCAGCUGCUGGAAGCAGCUCGCGAGCGUGUCCGCUACAAUCGCGACGAGGAGGUGCUACUAUCCCCGUUGCCAGGCCUGAAUCCCAGUUCAGGGUCGGUGAUACGCCGGGAGGAUCCAGCAGCGGGGUAG